GGUUAGCAGCUCGGGGACACUUUGAUUAAACACCGGCUUGGGUGGGCUCGAUGGCUGAGUCAGGACCCUGUGAUGAUUCUCCCUCCCCUGGCUAUUGUAAACACUUUCUCCACUGGACCCUGGCAGAGCUGUUAAGCCGGCAACGGGGUACCAAACAGCUCUGUGUCACAUGAGAGGACUGGCUGGAGUCACGGUGGCCCGGGAUACUAUUCUUAGCUGUAGGAAUGUACACAGUGGCCUCAUGGCGAGCUCCACAGCGCCUAACUGGAAAGCCUCGUCGUUUCUCUGUGUCAUGCUCCUUUUCUCUCCCUGACUGCACUACCCACUUUCUGUCUGGAUAAUGUUUGGGUCAUCUUUGAUUGGAACACAUACUUUCUGACCACACUGACCAGACAUUUUGGAUACUGAUUACUGAUUUUCUGAGGGCAGGAGAAUGGCCUUAAGACCACAAGACGUUUUCUCUUUCAAAGACUCUGAACUGCCCUCCCACCUUCUUGCCCAGCUCAACAUCCUUCGUCAGGAACGUAUCCUGACGGACGUCCUGCUCUGCACUGAGCACCAGGAGAUCCCCUGCCACAGGAAUGUCCUGGUGUCCAGCAGCCCGUACUUCCGUGCCAUGUUCUGCAGCAACUUUCUGGAGAGCAGUCAGGCCCGAGUGAAUCUGAAGGGAAUCUCCUCAAAUGUCCUCAGUGGCAUCGUGGACUAUGUCUACACAGGCUGUGUCACUAUCACCAUGGAGAUAGUGCUCCCGCUCAUGCAGGCAGCCUCCAUGCUUCACUAUGGAAGUCUCUUUGAGGCCUGCUCCAUGUUCCUGCAGGAGCAGCUGAGUCCAGAAAACUGUCUGAGCAUGAUACGACUGUCUGAGAUCCUUCACUGUGAGAGUUUGAGGGAGAGGGCGAAGGAGAUGGCUGUGAGGUGUUUCUCUGAUGUGGCCGCUACGGAAGACUUCUGUGAGUUGUCUCUACCUGAGCUAAUGUGUUACCUAGAAGACGACCGACUUUGUGCUGAGGAGGAGCAAGUGUUUGAGACCCUCCUGGCAUGGAUCCACCAUGACCCGUUCUCACGACGCGGUGCAAUCCACGAUCUCUUCAAGAAAGUCCGUCUUCGCUACAUCCACCCAACUUACCUCUUCCAGUUCAUUGCUAAUGACCCACUGGUGCAGUCCUCCACCCUCUGUACUGAGAUAAUCGAGUCAGUGCGUCGCCUCAUGCUUACAGUCAGCACCAAGUGUAGCCGAGAGCUCAAGCCGCUUUGGACAACACCACGACGUUACACCUGCAGAGAAACACUGGUGGUGGUUGGAGGACGCAAAAACAAUGAACAGACCUCACGAGAAGCCCUACUAUAUGAUGAGAGGACUCAUCGGUGGCAGUGGUUGGCCAAGCUUCCUCUGCGCCUCUACAAAGCUGCAUAUGUGUGUAUUCAUAGCAUCCUCUAUGUGCUCGGCGGGCUCAGCCUCUGCAUGACAUCAGGUGACAGUUCAGUCAGCGCCACAGUUUACACACUCUCCCUGAAGACCAACCAGUGGCGGACUGCUGAGCCCAUGUUGGAGCCACGAUACGCCCACCAAAGUGUGUCCUAUCUGCACUUUAUUUUUGUGUUAGGAGGCAUUGGGGUGGACAAAAAGAUCUCUCAGUCUGUAGAAAGAUAUAACAGCAUGUUUAAUCAAUGGGAGGCCAUGGCACCAAUGCCCACAGCGGCGCUGCACCCAGCUGUUGCAGCCAGCGAUCAGAAGAUCUAUGUUUUCGGAGGGGAGGACGCCAUGCAGAAUCCAGUCAGGCUGAUUCAGGUGUAUCACAUCUCUCGUAACUUGUGGUCAAGGCUAGAAACAAGGACGGUGAAAAAUGUUUGUGCUCCCGCUGCUGUCAUUGAAGACAAGAUCUACAUCAUAGGAGGAUACACCAGGCGAAUGAUUGCCUACGACACCAAAGCCAACAAAUUCGUCAAGUGUGAGAACUUAAAGGAGCGGCGGAUGCAUCACAGUGCUACAGUGAUCAACAACAAGUUCUAUGUCACCGGUGGACGUAUCCUCAACGGCCACGAUGUCAUCGAGGACUCAGACUGCUUCGAGUGUUACGACCCAAAGACAGACGUUUGGACCUCUAAAGGUUCUUUGCCGUACAAGCUGUUUGACCACGGCUCCCUGCCGCUGGUCUGUGUUUCCAACCGACCCAACCCACCGUGAGCCACCAUCCAACCAGUUACUUGGGUGAAUGCUUUGCUGCAUGUUCUUCUUCACCUCCCCUUUGCUGUGACUUAACGGCCUCUAACUACACAAAUGGGAAACCAUUUCAAACUGACUGCAUUCCUUCACGCAGCUCACACUGCCACAACUUAGCAGCACGUUAGGCCAGGCCGACUUUCAUCUGACUCAAAGGAGAGCCCAGCUGACAGGCAGAGGUGUCAUUACUAAGGCACCUGGUGUGGAACUGAGCUGAGAGCCCAUGAGAUGACGGGAGGCAGACGUACUUACAUAACAAGCAGCUGUUCAGACACAUACGUAAUCCAAAAAGCUCUUUCCGCAGAUGGCUGCGCUCGUUUGAUGAUAACUAAAAGUGUUAAUGCUUUAAUUUCCCAGACAUUUAUACGCAGCAUGGCACUGCCUGGCAGCUGCAGCUGACUUCACUGUAACAAUUAAAUACAUAGGGAACUAGAGACUUGGAGAGCGCAGACCUCCACCAGGGCCAGAUGUUCCUGCUUGUAAUGUUAACAGAAGUGAAAAAUAAAUUGUGAAUCCGCCCCAUGAUUUGGAUCUGCUCCAAAAUAUAGUGGGCUUUCCUUGGUCCAUACUACACCUUUCCACCAAGUUUCAUGAAAAUCAGGCCAGUAGUUUUUCUGUAAUUCUGCUGAUAACAACUGACCUGAAAAAAUAACCUUUUUGGCGACAGCAUGGGCAGAUUAUGUGACAAUGGGCCCCUGGGCACAGACAUGCAAAGGGCCCCACCACCUCUCCUACAGCGGAGCAAGACAGACAGACUUUCUUUGUAGUCUUUAUGUAUCUUUUUGAGGUUUUGUGGUCAUUUUGUGUGUCCUUGUGGUUGUCUGGUGUGCUUUUGUAGUCAUUUUGAGUCUUACUAAGGUAAUUUUGUGUCUCUCUGAAGUAAUUUUAUGUCUUCUUGUGGCUGUUUCGUGUUUCUUUGUUGUUGUUUUACAUGUUUUUGUAGUUAUUUUGUGUGUCUUUUGCAUCUCUGUGUGGUCUUUUUGUGUCUCUCUGUGGUCAUUUUGAGUCUCUUCCUGGUCGGUCCAUGUUAAUUUGAUAUCUGACAUUUUGCAAGUGAAGGCCCCCUGACACUCUGGGCCCCUGGGCCUGUGCCCAGUGGGCCCAUUCAGUUAUCCGUCCAUGGGCAGAGGUAACUAUGUCUGGCUGUUUGUUAACUCCAUGAGCUUUGCUUCUUGUGUAAAACUGAAAAUAACAGAUUAGACAGCUAAUAUAAUUUGCACUUUAUGGAAAAAAACAUUCCUCCUUGACCCACAUGCUUCUAUCAGAGUGCACUUGCUGAUGAGAACAACAGUGACAGAACAUGGACAAGCUCCCUCUGCAGAGGACAGCAGUCUGUUGUUUUGGCUGAAAUGUCGAAAAGAAGCACACUAUUACUUAAACAAAAUUACCUGGGCCAACUUUGUUCCAGUUCAGCUGGCUUGAUUCAUGACUUUUAGAACUGAACCCCCAACAAAGCAUGUUCUGUAUUGUCUCAUUUAUGUUUCUUUCGUGCAGCACAUCUAGUGUAAGCAAUAUGAGGUAAAGCAAAAAUAUGCUUUAGGUGAGUCAAAGCACUGUAAACACAACGAUUUGUGCUUCGCAGUGGUGGUUUACUUUUCAUUUCACCAUGUACAGUUGUUGGAUAAAGAAAAAAGCUUCACAGGCAGCUACAUUGAUGUGAGGACAUGUGACAAUGCUGCCUCUGAGGCAAGUGCAUGGCAGGGAUGCAGUGUCCUACUAAGGGCGAUUAUGACUGGAAAUGGUGUACAUGUGGAGAUUUUCAGGGUUUGCAGCCUGUAUAAUGGGCUCAUGUAAAUGUGCAACCUGCAGGUGGUUUCUCAGAAACAUGUCCAUUAAUCUGAAAUCUAUUUUCUAUUCAUGUGAGAGCAAUAGCUGUGCUGUAUCGGAGGACGGUGUAAGACAAUGAGACCGUGGAACCUCUCCACAAGCCUGUUACUUCAGUCGUUGCCCUGCAACCCUCUCGACCCUUAUGGAGCGCAUACUCACUGUUGUGCUCCAGCCCCUGGCCCUGGUAACUGUUGCCAUGGCAACCCUGUUAUCGCCCCAUCGGAUCAUUCGUGGCAUGCAUCCCUGUAGUGGGUCUAUUUAAGAUUACAUCACUGAUCAACUGUGUUGCUGUUGCUUGCACAUUUGACUCUCUUUCUUUCUUUCUUUCCUUCUUUCUUUCAUGUUUUAUUUCCUACUGUACAAUAUGCUUAUAUUUUGGAUAUUGAUUCCCCUGUCUCUGACUUGGUUUAUAAAGGAACACUGUAACGGCUGGGUUUGUGCAGUAUGUGAUAAUACUAAAAAGACAGUUUCAUUUGAUUGCUUUGAAUUUCUCUGCACAGGAGUAAAAAUAAUAGCAUCUGUUUUGGACACAGUACAAAUGCUGUUAUUGUUUUACUGGACUUGUCUUUAGUUGAACUUGGUGCCAAUUUACAGGGUUAUCCAUUUAUUUAAAGACUGCAAGGGUGUAGGAUUCGAAUUUUGAAUGUCAGACACUUAAUUUCCUGCAUUCUGGUGAAUUUUUCUUUUUUUCAUCAGUUUAUGGUGUAAAUGUUUUUAAUUUUGACAAAAUAAAAGUCUUGGUGGACAAAUGCA